CCCGAUCAUUAUUCUUAUUCUAGCCGCAUAGGAUAGGAACCAACCUCUCCAAACGAUAACCACGUGGUCCUCAGUAUAAGCGCACGCGCGCCACGUGCUCCGUAUUCUAACCUAAAUUUAUUAUUUCCUAAUUGUGUCUCAUCCGGGAUCAUUAACAGUGAAAACGACCCUGAAAAAUACAAAUUUCAAUAAUCAUCCCUCACCCCCAACAGCCCACAAUACAACUCUCCACUCCCAAGUAAUUUCAGACAGUUGUAUCGACACCUGCACAAUCUGCUUGCCACCCUCAAGAGUGGGGAUAGAGCAUCCAUCGUUGAGGUAAGACCGAACACCGGUUUGCGAGAGUUAAGAUUUGUAUAGAUUUGCAAAAAUCUCCAGUUGACUAAUUUCCCAAGACUCCAGUUCCACAUCUCCAGUAUCUCAUAUCAACCAAAAAUAAUUAUUCCAAUGAUAGUAGCAGGGUUAUUAAACUCCUCCACCCCGCAGAGUCCUCGUCCUUUCUCCCUCGCACCCCCCACCGCUUGUAGAUUGAUAACAUCGUCACAAUUUCGCUUUUCAGUUUGUGGUUUGUGCCCAGUUACCAGUAGUGAAUGAGUACAGUUGAAGUAGUAUUGAAUUAAGAGUUAAGCUGACUCAAGGUGAAUCCUUGGUGGACUCUUGGUGUCUUGAAGGUCUUGAUGGUCCCUAAAGCAUCGCCAUAAACCUUCGUGAAAUCAUUUCAUACAGAUUUAACCUCUUAAAACGAGAAAUUUAACGACUGUUAAUUUGAUAACGAGGGGAAAGCUUAGUCGUCUGGGAGCACCUGUAUUAUCCAACAGCCAUCGUCACCGUUUUUACACGGUUAACAACGUGCAACAAACAAAAAAUGGAUAUUGAUGAUUAUGAAUCAUUGCCAACUACAUCGGUCGGUGUCAACAUGACUGCCGGUGCCUUUGCGGGGAUAAUGGAGCACUGCGUCAUGUAUCCCUUCGACAGUGUUAAGACGAGAAUGCAGGCACUAAGACCGGAGCCAGGUGGGGGUGGCAGUAUUCGUGCUGUAAUGUCCCGAAUGGUACAGCAGGAGGGGCUUCUGAGACCAAUUCGCGGUAUGAGUGCUAUGGUCGCCGGCGCUGGACCAGCGCAUGCACUCUAUUUCUCGUGUUACGAAUUUUUGAAAAAUCGUAUGGUAUCGAAAACAACUUCACAGGUCAAUCAUCUAGUCUAUGGAGCUGCUGGAUGCGUUGCAACAAUAUUACAUGAUGGAGUUAUGAAUCCAGCUGAAGUGGUUAAACAGCGACUGCAGAUGUACAAUUCCCCGUACAGAAAUGUUUUAGACUGUGUACGACACAUUUACAGAACAGAGGGUGUAUUUGCAUUCUACAGAAGUUACACAACACAAUUGGCAAUGAACGUGCCAUUCCAGAGUUUACACUUUAUUGCUUAUGAAUUUGGACAAUCAAUAAUGAAUCCGCAGCAUACAUAUAAUCCUCAGGCGCACAUCUUAUCAGGAGCUAUGGCAGGUGCAGUAGCUGCUGCUUGCACAACCCCCCUCGAUGUAUGCAAAACUGUUCUCAAUACUCAACAGGUUGACGUCCAGGUACAGGGAAUGGUACAUGCCUUUAAACUAGUGUACAGGUUUGGCGGUGUACAGGGCUACUUUCGGGGCCUUAAAGCCAGAAUUAUCUAUCAAACGCCAGCGACAGCUAUUUGUUGGUCUACGUACGAAUUCUUCAAAUAUUUUUUGCAAAGAAGAGAGGGCGAGAGGCACUUUGAGAGAACGAAUGCUGAAAAUGAGGAUCUAUCACCAGUGAGUCCAUCUUACACAUCCACAAUAUCAAGAACUUCAACAUCAACAUUUUCAGGAAGCGGAUUGAUAUACAAUAAAUCACCGGGUCCGGUUUUGCUGGACGUUACGCGAAGCUAGGCAUUGAACAUUUAAGGAAGAAAAAGAGAAUAAAUUCGAUAGGGAAAAAAAUCGAGAUGAGAUAAGUGGAAAUAUUCAACUUUUAUAUUUCAAAGAGUUUAUUAAUGAAUGAUAUUUUGUUAAAUUGGCUUUGUUAGUGAUGAUGAUAUCUCCGAACAAUAAUUAUACUGGAGAUGAUCAAAAUUUUGAAUUGAUUCGAGGCAAUGAAUUGAGUGCAGGACAUUCGAUCAUUUGGUCAUUCGGUCGAGGAAAAAAAACGGAAAAAUGAAAAAUUACAAAAAUUCUAUUCGUUAUGCAUCACGGUUAGAUGGCAUUAUAAGGGACAGAGUCGCACUUUUUACAGUUUCACCAUAUACAUCAUCAGUCUUUAAAGGUUCAGGGGAGUAACGAAAAUUGGUCUUUGAAUUGUCAAAGUAUUCCGUUUAGAGAUGUUCCGGUUAUUCGACGAUUUUUUUUAUAACACUGGCAAUUACUACUAAACAUCACAGACGAUUUUUCUUCUAGCUGGAACUUCAUGUACUAGAAAGGAAAAGCAGUCUAACAUUUUUGAGUAAAUUUGAUAAUUUUGAAGAUAUUCAAAAAAUGAAGUAAAUUAAAAAAACCUCCAUUCAUGAUGGGGAAAUUAGAGAAUUAUAUCUUUUUCUCUACUACUUUCAUAAAAAUUUACAACUAAACGUGUUGACACGCAAUAAAAAGUUGAAAAAUAUUGAAUCAAUCCUAACUCAAGUAUUUAUUUUCGCUUUUUAAUCAUUUAAUAAUUUCUUGUCGUUGAAUUGCUAUGACUAAAUUCAUUAUUUUGCUUCAAUUUCCAUUAUUUACGACGUUAAACUUAUAAAAUUUUUUUUAUUGUUGCACCAGGAGUAUAAAUACAAAGUGUAUUGAGUAAAAGUGAGUAGAUGGUUGAAUUGAGCUCACAUACCAGAAAAACGAUUGAAAAAUAAUAACGCUGAAUCCAAGUAUUUGUAUACAAAUUAAUAUCAUUCGAACCUUAAAAUGUAUUGUAUAUAUUUCGUAAAUUCGACAUUUGAAAAGAUUUGGAAAAUAUAGGUAUCUUCAUUUUUUCAUUACUACUACUACAAAUUUCAAAUAUUUCGUAUUGAUAAAAAAAAAUGAUAUAAAUCAAAGCAGGAAAGUUAGUUCAUUAGAAAAUAAAAGUCACAAAUUAUAAAUUCUCGAAUUAAACGAUAAAUCAUUUUCGUUAUGUGUGAGAGAUGAGUUGAUGCUUAGGAAGUUUAGCAUAAUUAUAAAUACUUGAGAAUGAGGUAAUAAAAAAAGAAGAGAAUAAUCGAAUGAUUCCACAAUGCAAAAUUAACUAGUUCAGUAUUCACAAGAUGACAAUUAACUUUGCACUAUUGUAUUCUGUUGUCUUCAUUGUAUUCUGUUUGAUUUCUCUUUGUAUUUGCAACUGAUAUUUGAAAAUGUGGAUUAACGGCGAAUUUAGCAGAGGAGAUGACUAUAAGAAGAGAAAUGGAAGAGAGAAACAAAAUGUUUAUUUACUCAAAAAAAUAUCAUCUCUAAUUCCGUAUAAUAUUGCUUCCUUAUGGCUGUGAUAACUGAGUCAAAUUCAUCUUGAUAUUGACUUUAAGAGGGAGUAAUAUCGUGUGAACUGACAGCCUUCACGCCAUAUCAUUUAUUAGUAUUUUUUACGUAACAUCUUCAAUCGUAAUUAUUCAUCAAUACUCCUGAUUAUCACGAAAUGACGAAUGAAGAACAAUACCAUGCAUCUUCUGCAUUGAAUUUGUAUAUUAAUUUACAAUUGUGUGCUACACAGAACGGAACUCUACACCCUAGUAUAUAACUUCAGAUAAACUCACGGUUACAAUUGCUUGAGUAAUUGAAUAAAUGUACUAUUUGACAUAUUACUGAGUAAUACAAAUUAAUGCGACAAAUGGAUGGAUGAAUGCAGUCAAUCCAUAGUGUAUCGAUAGUGUACAUAAAUGAAUAAAUAAAUAAAUAAUUGUAUAGA